AUGGCAAACACGUCUUCAAUAAAUUUUGUGUUAUUAAAUCAAGCGAUCAAUCGUUAUGUUCCUAUACCUUUAUUAUUCUUUGGUAUCAUCGGGAACAUCUUGAAUAUACUAAUCUUCGUCCGACAUAUCUUUCGCAAUAAUAUCUGUGCGAUAUUUUUUCUCAUGUCAACUACUUUUGAUUCAUUUGUUAUUUUCGUCGGUCUUCUACCUCGUCUAUUAAACGGUUUUGGUGUCGAUCCAACACAAUAUUCGGGUAUUCUUUGUAAAUUACGAUUCUUCAUAACUUAUUAUGCAGGAUACACAGCUGCAUGGUUUAUUAGUUUAGCUUGUGUCGAACGAUAUCUUCGUUCAUCGAGAAACAUUCACAAACGUGAGAUGAUGUCAAAAAAGCGUGCAUAUGUCUCCAUACUCUGUGUUCUACUAUUUGGAAUUCUUGUAUUUGGCGAACAAUUCUAUUGUAUUGACAUUCAUCAAAACUUAUUCGGCGCCCCGCAAUCAUGUUAUCAAUUAAAACAAAAUAUUUCCUGUCAAGUUGUGGAUAGUCUUAUGCAGUGCUUAUUCGAAAUUUUAGCACCAACGUUCAUGAUGAUUAUUUUUGGAUUAUUAACUGUACGANUCUAUCAAUGGCUUCAAAAUAGGACUAUGUCAAUACAUCAUGGUGACAACGUUUCUAAGAAAAUAGAUAUAAAGAUAGGAGCACCACAAGGUUCAGUACUUGCUGCAACCUUAUUCAGAUUUCGCAUUCAUUUCUUACCUAAAUACUUCUUUCAUUUCUGCUCGCAUCUAUUCGCGGACGACCUUGCUUUACUUCUCAAAGGUUCACUAGAGAAAAAGCUAUCGCAGAACAUAGUAGAACUAGAAGAGCAAGCAAAAAUAGCGAUGGAAAUACUUUCAUCUUUUGCAAAAAAUUAUUUGCUACCAGUAAAUGUAAAGAAAAUGAAAGCCAUGUUAAUUCAUAGUGCAGUUGCUCCUAGUCAACCAAAAGUUUUUUUUCAAAAUAAUCCAAUAGAAUUCGUAUCAUAUUUUAAAUAUAUAGGUAUAGAUAUCAGAACAAAAUUUGGUUGGGGUGACUACUUCAAGUCGCGAAUUUUAAAAAUUACAAAUAUCUUUAAUGCAUUAAAAAUAAUCUAUAAACAAAUACCUUUGAAACUUAUAAACGUUCGAAAGAAAAUUUUCUAUGCUUUCGUACUCCCUCACUUUCUAUGGUUGUUCGUCACUUGGUUUUAUUAUACUGAUAAUCAACAGAGAGAAAUUGAACAUUUAUACGUAUCCGGUCUCCGUAUUGUGUAUAACUUAUGGGGUUGGGAUGAUUACAAUACAUACGUAAUGACAAGAGAAAAAGCUAUGCUAGAUUAUCUUUUUAAAUAUUGGAUAAGAUUGAAUAAACAUCUCGAUACAGCUCAUGAAGCAAUAGAAUAUCAACUCACAUGGGAAGCAUACUUAGUAGCUACUGCACCCGAUCGUAACUAUUACAAAUCGAUGAAUUUCAGAAAAAAUAGUAUUUUUCCCAAUCGUUUAGCACUAAGAGCACAUCAUUUAAAAAUCGACCUUUUUACUUUCUUUGAUAUUCAUGAUAAACAGUAUCAUAUAUUUAAAAAAACGUCUUGCCUGAUUGAAAGAUUCGUUUUUAAGUAUAUUUAUCCUCCAUAA